GUUCUUGUCUCAAUCCAAUCUCACAACAAAAGCUAUUUGUUCCCAUCUUUAGAGGAGAGAUGCAGAAACUUCUAGCAUAGCAUAGUGCUUCUACUGAGUAUAAAUGAUCAUGUAUAGACACCUGUCCAUAAUGAACACUGUACUCUUUUACAGAAAAACAACUAAAAACCACAAAUAUGCUUUAGCAUUAGCGUAUUCAGUGGAUGAAAUCAACAGGAAUCCUGAUCUUUUACCAAAUAUGUCUUUGAUUAUAAAGUACACUUCGGGCCAUUGUGAUGGAAAAACUGCAAUACCUAUACCCGAUUUAUUUCAUAAAAGAAAAACAGCAAGACACAUCCCUAAUUAUUUCUGUAAUGAAGAGAGUAUGUGUCCGUUUCUGCUUACAGGACCCAACUGGGAGGUAUCUUUAAGUUUCUGGAACUACCUGGACAACUUCUUAUCUCCACGUGUGAGUUAUCAUAGCUCAGGAAUUCUUAAUAUCAUGUCUCUUUGGGGAAUUUUGAUAGAUAUUAAGAAAGUAAACUCCUUUCUGAGAAAGACCCACUUCACUAAUCCUCUUGGAGACAAAGUGAUUAUUAAACAGAGAGUAACAGUGCAGGAAGAAUAUGACAUUUUUCAUUUUGGAAAUCUUUCACAGCACCUUGGGAUUAAAGUGAAGUUAGGAAAGUUCAGCCCAUAUUUUCCAAAUGGUGCACACUUUCACUUAUAUGUAGACACGAUUGAAUUGUCCAUAGGACGUAUGAAGAUGCCAUCCUCUGUGUGCAGUGCAGAUUGUAGUCCUGGAUUCAGAAGAUUCUGGAAGGAGGGAAUGGCAGCCUGCUGUUUUGUUUGCAGCCCCUGCCCUGAAAAUGAAAUUUCUAAUGGGACAAAUAUGGAUCAAUGUGUGAAUUGUCCAGAAUACCAGUAUGCCAACAUAGAACAGAACAAAUGUAUUCAGAAAGAUGUCACCUUUCUAAGCUAUGAAGACCCCUUGGGGAUGGCUCUUGCCUUAACGGCCUUCUGUUUCUCUGCGUUCACAGCUAUGGUAUUUUGGGUCUUUGUGAAGCAUCAUGACACUCCUAUUGUGAAGGCCAAUAACAGAAUGCUCAGCUAUCUAUUACUUGUGUCACUCAUGUUCUGUUUUCUGUGCUCCUUUUUCUUCAUUGGCCAUCCUAACAGAGCCACCUGCAUCUUACAACAAAUCACAUUUGGAAUUGUAUUCACUGUGGCUGUUUCCACAGUCCUGGCCAAAACGGUCACUGUGGUUCUGGCAUUUAAAGUCACAGAUCCAGGAAAAAGAUUGAGAAAGUUCCUUGUAUCAGGGACACCCAACUAUAUCAUUCCCAUAUGUUCCCUAUUCCAAUGUAUUCUGUGUGCAAUCUGGCUAGCAGUUUCUCCUCCCUUUGUUGAUUUUGAUGAACACUCUCAGUAUGGCCACAUCAUCAUUGUGUGCAACAAGGGCUCAGUUACUGCAUUCUACUGUGUCCUGGGAUACUUGGCCUGCUUGGCCCUUGGAAGUUUUACUGUGGCUUUCUUGGCAAAGAAUCUGCCUGACACAUUCAAUGAAGCCAAGUUCUUGACCUUCAGCAUGCUAGUGUUCUGCAGUGUCUGGGUCACAUUCCUACCUGUCUAUCAUAGUGCCAAGGGCAAGGUCAUGGUUGCUGUGGAGAUCUUCUCCAUCUUGGCAUCCAGUGCAGGGAUGCUUGGAUGCAUCUUUGCACCCAAGAUCUACAUCAUUUUAAUGAGACCAGAGAGAAAUUCUAUCCAAAAGAUCAAGGAAAAAUCACAUUUCUGA